UAGGUUCACUGGUCGUUUUGGAAAGUAGAUUAAAAAAAUCUAUAUUUGUACUGUAGACACCAUGACCCCUGGUUCCUAACACCAAAGAAAUCCGACUCAGUAUCUCUACAAUUAAUCAAUACAUAACAAAACACUCUGAAUGAAUUUGUUUACAUCUCAGCAAUGAAAUCAUGCCGAUUUUUUUAAAAAACUGAUGAAAUUCCCCUUUAAGGUAUCUUACCCUGUUUGCUACCAUUGCCAUUUCAAAUGUCGCACGUCCCACAGCCUGGCUGCUGCCUCCUCCCAGCUUGGACGGAGUAACGAGUAACUUACAUGCAUAACUAAUAAAGACGCAGGGCGUCCCCUAUCAGGGACCUAAAACGCGUAAGGGGUUUCAACAUUGCCUACAAUAUGUUUUUGGGUUAGUGUUGACGUUUGUUUUCUAUAGUAUGUACCGUGCCGCCCCCCUGAACCCCCUCCCCCUUUUGGAAAACCAAAAUAUGUUCACCCUGAGAGUGGGCUAUUUUGAUGACUAAAGCCUUGCGUUUCAUCGUUGUAUUGAUUUGAUCAGCAGGGUUAUACACAGUGAAUGUUCAAAUGGGUGAGCGAUUUAAACCACAGCGUCAACCAACAUAAAAGGAGGAAACUUUUUCUGCAUUGAAAUGAGAUUUUAUUCAAAUACUCCCUACAUCACUUCCCCUACUCCCUUCAACCCAGACAAGAAGCACAUUCAUACUCUUUUCCAUACUUUCUAAAACGCAAUACUGGCUAAAUGCGUAUUGCAAUGUCAGAUUCUUUCUGACAGGUUUGCACUAUCCGCAACGUCGAUUUUCUUUUUAAGGUCAAGAAGGAGGAGAGAGGGAAGGUUUUUGGAUUGUAAUCGAGCCGCACUGCAGCGUUGAUGACGCGAGCAUGACCGUUAGUGAGUGCGCAGUGGGAGCAGCGCUGAAAUUCAAAUUUGAACAGCUGAAGUGUCGCGAGCUGAACAGGAGAGGAGCAGAGUUUAUCUUCAGUUGAGAGACGAAGACGGGGUGGGGUAGCGUUCAUUUGGGUGGACUUUGGCGGUACAUGAUUUCGGAAUGGAUCCAUUCACCGAGAAACUCUUAGAGCGCACACGUGCUCGCAGGGAGAAUCUUCAGAAGAAGAUAGCUGAGAGGCCUACAGCGGCCAAUCGACAAAUGGCCAAGAGGGCAAGAGAGCCACUUGCUGAAACAAACAGUGUCAUCAGUGUGCCGCCGACUGAAAAAGUACUUCCCACCUCCAAACCUUCCCCUUCAAAGCGCCGCUGCUCGGAGGAGAAUGCCCAUUUCACUGGAGAAGAGAACAAGGAGCCAGUUGCCCUUCAUGCUGCAGCCUCAGAGACCACAACAGACAAGAAGCCUCCCAUGGCGCCAAGCAGUAUUCAUUCUGCAUCGGAAGAAAGAAUGGCUGUCCAUCCUAGGUCUGAAUUGAUCCCAGGGCGUCCUAACCCGCCACCAAAUAUAGAGAAGAUCAUGGCUGGAACUUCACAGACAGUAACAGUGUGUGCAGAUAAGACUGUGAAGUGUUCUGUCAUUGAGGAAGGCAGAGAGAUUCUUAAAGACACCCUUGCUCCCACAGCAAUCCCUGGCAGCAUGAAGUCUCGCCUGCAGAGACUGGCUGAGCAGAGGCAGUACUGGGACGCAGAGGGCAACAUGGAACCAGACCCCAACAGCGUAGCCCUGUCCCCUCUUAAGCCCCAGAGAGCAGAGGCUGCUACAACUUCCGCUCCAAUCCUCACAUCAUCAGAGACACCCUUAGGCAGAAAGGGCAGACUGGCAAAUCUUGCUGCCACAAUCAGCUCCUGGGAAGAUGACCAUGCGCAUCAUCCCACUCAUCGAGACAAUGCACAAGUGCAGCCUGGCACAGCCUGCGUCCGUCAGCCAGCCUUUGCAGAAAAGAGCAAUAGUGCCAAGACCAGUGCUGUCACACAGCAAUCUCAACAUGUCCAGCCAGCAAGCAAGCUUGUCCACAGCACUCAGCAGCUACCAGUUUAUUCUCCAGUCAAAUCAUCCAGAGUGAUUCCUCCCAGCCCUCAGAAGACUGAGGUGCCAGAGCCCAAACAGGUCAAAGGACCUGUUCCCUCCCCAGUAUCCAGCCCCCUGAAGGCCUCCUCUAGCCAGCCCUCCACUCCUCUCAAAUCUCCGAGAGUUCAUUCUUCUAGUCCUCAGACAACUCCAUUGUCCCAUAGCCCACUGAAGGCUCAGGCCCCAUGCAAAGAGCUGGGAGCUGGCAGACUGUUUAGUUCAAGUGCAGCAAAACCAAACUUUCCGACAAAGCCAUCCUCUGCCGCAGCUUUUUCUCAGACCGGUGAGAGAUUGGCCACGGAGACGGCACCUUUGCAGCAGAGAGGCCCAGCUGGACCUGCUGGCGGUGUUAAGUCGUUUUUGGAGCGUUUUGGAGAAAGAUGCCAGGAACGUCAAGGUUCUCCUGCUAGUGGAGUGGGCCGCACACCUGCUGUCACCCCGUCGGCCACUCCCAAAUCCAGGCUGCUCCAAGAGAGGCUUGCCAUCUCACAGACAACCUCUACUACUGCAAUGCUUACCCAAAAGCAGAAAAUGGAACGUGAAGCAGAAUUGGCACAGGUUCGCAGUCGGUUUCAGAACGGCAAUAUGUGGAAAAGUAAAGAGGAUCUUGCAGAGGCCAAGAAUAACGAGGAAUUUAAGGAGGUGGAAGAUUCUACUGAAGGUUCAGCCUCUGUUAUUUGCAGUGAGCCUUCAAUACCAGACUUGGAUAUUUUGGGAACUCCAAAGCUCAGUGAAAAUGAAAUGUCAGACAUGAGGCCUUCCCAGUUUAGCCCCCUGAAGAAGGUUGAGGUUUCAGUGGAGAAACCAGAAAUGACUGAGCAGAAAGAAAAAAAUGAAGCAGAAGAGGAAAUACGUGAGAUUGAGAUGAACGUGGAUGGCUCCAUUAACUCUGAGGUCAUUAACGAUCUGUUUGAGGGAGUGUUGGAGGAAAAUGAAGAAUGUAGUACUGAAGAAGGUGAGGAGGAAGAUGCUCUGAACAUCUCCUCGAUGUCUCUGCUUGCGCCUUUAGCAGAGACUGUGGCUGCUGUUGUGAAGAGCCCUGAGAGAAAGCUCAUGACAUCAACCCCAGCCAGCUCAUUUAUUCAAAAGAGUGGGACUCCUGAGAGUGUGUCCAGGCCCACAAAAUUCCAGAGGGCACAAGUGCAGCAAGCUGGUUCUUCUGACAGUAUCGAGACCAUAGAAGAGCAGAACCUACUCUACAGCAUUGAUGCAUACAGAUCAACUAGAGUGAAGGAGACUGAGAGACCACAAGUGAAACAGGUGAUUGUGAGGAAGGAAGAUGUGUCUAAAAGAGUGGAAGAGUCCCAGAGCCCGAGUCACAUCAGCAUUAAACAAAAGAUGCAGAUUCUGACCAAUGAGAUGAAUCUACAACAAACAGUGAUUCAUCAGGCCAGCCAGGCACUAAACUGCUGCACAGAUGAGGAGCAUGGCAAAGGCUCUCAGGUGGAGGCUGAGGCAGAAAGACUUCUGCUUAUUGCUACUGAGAGGAGGGCAGCCCUGAAAGCUGAGCUGGAUCGACUGAAGACAGAUGGUUCAGCCACUCAGAAGAAAUGCUCAUCCAGAGCUCAGGACAACAUGGGUGUGCCUGCCUCCAAGGGCUCUAUCACACUGCAGGAGCUUCGAUUACCACUUAAGGCUGACUUUGUUUGUUCUACUGCCAACAAGCCUGAAUCUGGAAGCCAUUACUUUUUUGUGAUGAUCCGUUCCGGAGCUGAGAACACUGUUGCAACUCCUCUAGCCAGUACCCACAGUGCACUCAGUGGAGAUGCACUGACCUUCUCUACCAGGUUUACUCUUCCUGAUGUGUCCAGUGACUUUGAGAUUGACAUUGAAGUCUACUACCUUGUGCAGAAGCGUGAGUUGUACCUUGAUAAAAGGAAAAAGCCGAGCAAGUCCAAGGCUAUCACUCCUAAGAGAUUCCUUGCCAUCACUAAAAGCAAUCUCCAAACACCUGUAAUGGCAAGCCCUGGUGGUCCAAAUGCAGUACGCACCAGCAACUUUGUCCUUGUUGGAUCACACAAGUUAACUUUGGUCUCAAUUGGAAAAAACAAAUUUCCUUUGGAAAAGAUCAAAUUUGAAGGGAGUGAGAGCAAACUACUCAGUGACAUGUUUCAGAACAAGGUGCCAUUCCUUUGUCCUCUGGAAGGCCAUAUCUACCUCAAAAUGCAGUGUGAGGUUGGCUCUCGUGUAGAGGAAAGGGGCUUCCUGACCAUGUUUGAAGAUGUCAGUGGAUUUGGAGCCUGGCAUAGGAGAUGGUGUGUCCUCUCAGGGUACUGCAUUUCCUAUUGGACUUACCCUGAUGAUGAAAAGCGCAAGAAUCCAAUUGGUCGCAUCAAUUUGGCCAGCUGCACUAGCCGUAAAGUGGAGCCUGCUAACCGUGAGUUCUGUGCCCGGCCCAAUACCUUUGAACUGAUCACGGUGAGACCACAGAGGGAAGAUGACAGAGAAACCCUGGUCAGCCAGUGCAAGAACACCAUGUGUGUCACAAAGAACUGGCUUAGUGCCGACACUAAGGAAGAGAGAAACUUGUGGAUGCAGAAGCUCAAUCAAAUCUUGGUGGAUCUGCGCAUGUGGCAGCCAGACUCAUGCUACAGGCCAGUGUGACCCCCCACCCCCUAGUCUGGGAGGCUUUAAGGAGAAGCAUCAUCCUGGGUCAUAGUUUGGCUAAGAAGUGCAAUACAAUUUCAAAGUUAUGAAACGUUUACAGAAUUAUAAUUAAUUUUACAUUUGACACAAGUAAUGGACAUGGGAGUUUGAAACUCAGUAAAGCCAUACUUAAGACAUUUCAGUAUUGCAAAGAAGAAAAUAAUUCCUUUCUGAUUCUUAGAUAUAAUGAUUUUGGAACAGCUAAAUAGUGGCAGUGUCACAAUAUUACUCAAUGUGAUAAACCUGGAAAAUGUUAUUACUCUUAACAAGGAAGCAGAUAAAGGGUUGCAUUGCCAUAGUAAGCUGGAUAAACUGUAAGACUUUAAUGACUUUCUAUAUCUUUAUUGUAAACAGUAGAAUCAAAACCCCUCAUAUAUUGGUUUAAAGUUUAGAAAAAGUUGUCAGGUAUGUAAAAUAUUCCCACUAAAGCGCACUAAUCUAAAUUAGUUAUUUUGCCUACUGUUGUUUACAACUUUAGACUAUAUAUCCUGCAUUUUUAUGUAAAAUGCAUGUUGGUUGCUUUCAGAUUCUUUUUUUUAAAAUAAUUUUUCAAAUUUUGUAUUUAAACCAGUCACUGUAUGUGCUGUAUUGAAAUGGGUGUUCAUAACUGUUGUAGAGGAAAUAAUAGUGCAUAAAAGGCUAACUCCUCAAUGGUUGUUGCUUUAUGGAAAGGUCUGAGAUGUUUGUCACCCUCCUUAUAAUUUCACAAUGCAGGAUACAGUGGGUGAAAUGUGUUUUUGCUACCCAAAGAUAUAUUUAACAUUUAACUCUUUGACUACAGUAAUGCAAUUUCAAGGUUAGUGUAUACUUUUAAAUAAUGUUUUAGAGUGACAGCUUGCUGUAUGUGUAGAAUAAGAGCUCUUCUUCCCAGUGAUUGGUUGGAUUGCUUGGUUGGGUUUUAGGUAAAGGGAUUUCAUUGUAUUUUUAUGGUUGAUUUCUCAUAUAUUCAUAAAAACAGCAAGUUAUAAUCUGUUUUUGCUGCAGCAGAUGGGUUGAUUUUGCGUUAAGAGACCAGAAAAGGUGGAUCAUCAUGGUGGAAAAAGUUGGUGUUGACUGCAUUAGCAACACACUUGAUUGUGAAAUAUGUAAUCAUUUACAGAUUUUUGUUAUUGACACAAGUCAAUGGGUUUAAGUUUUCGUUCAACACUGUUUUCCAAAUUGGCUAUGCAUAAAAUACAUUUUAGACAACAUGCGUAUGUGUACUGACCCAUUACAUUUCAUAUUUCACCUGUUUUUUCUGUGUGGAUAAUAUCACAAAGGCACUUCAGUUUGCUGUUAGGUCUCUCUUGUUCAUUUGUCCUGUUUUAAACACUCCAAUGCAGCUUAAAGAAUUCUGCAGUGCUGACACUUUAAAUAAUGCCAACAGCUUUAGCAAAACUUUAGGCGUU